GUUCAUGGAGUUCGCAUUCGAUAGCGCUAUUUUGGCUCCGUGAACGCAGUCGGUAGCGUUGAUAACACGGUAGCGAGCUUCCCGAACGCACCCUCAGUGAGCGGGUAAAUUUAGCGCGUGAAUGACUUGUCGCUGCUUGUCACAUAUGACCGAAUUAGAAAAUAUCGGUUUGUUGACUUAAAAGUUACUCCAGUUUGUAAUGUAAUUGUAUAAUAUCGAGAAUAAUUCUAUAUGGAUGUUAUUUACGGCAAUCAUCAUGUCGUCAAUGGUGCUUCUCCGACGUCAGUUAAUCAAUACGAUGAAGAGGUUCAAGUUCGAGGAAUUGGAGAGCGCCGUAAUACCCAUCUUUCCAGAGAUUACCUGGACCCGUGUCAGAUCUAAAUUAAUUAAGAAUCACAAGAAUUUUACAACCACUAAUGCGAUUCAUGUCAUCGAAGAAAUUCUUGAUAAUAUAGAUUUAAGAAAGAAAGACUUACAUGACAGAUUGGCAAUGCUACUAGUAACAGAUGUAAGCAGACACAAUGUUAGAAAAGUAUGGUAUGGAUAUGAAUUAAUUAAUCCAAGUGGAGAGUUAGGACAAUUUGGAAAAGAAGAACUACAGGCGAGAAUCAAAGAGAAAUUUCAUUCAAAUGAUACAGAUGUGGAUGUAAAAGUUGUGAUGUACAACAAUAUCAUAUUUAUAUCUGUGAAAGAGGAAGAGGUAACGAGAAAGAAGAAACAAUGGCGAUAUAGUAUGCCAAUCUUCUUUGCUUUCUUCCUGGGACACAAAUAUAUUUUCUGCUCAAGGAAGAAUAUACCAGUUCACUAUAUAAAAAUGAUAGCUAUUAGCUUGGGUUAUAAUAAUGGUAAAAGUAUCAAAUUAAUGGGCAAAGACCUCAAGUCUUUGAUAAAAUUAUUAUGGAUUAAGCAGCAAGGUACUUUAUGUGCCGAAAAUAUUGGUAAACCAUUAGUUUACAAAUCGUCUGAUCCUGUUGUUAGUAUUAAUGGAAUAGAUUAUAAACAGAACAAGCAACGGAGAAAGUAUGCCGAACAAUGUUUUGGCAAGGAUCCUCCGACUAUAGAUUUACUUGUUGUCAAGGGACCAGAGGAAUCUAUACAACAUAACAUUGUGGCUUCAAAAUUACCAAAUGAGACUAUACAUAUGAACUGGGAAUUUCGUAGUCAUAGUAUACCUAGGUUCUUAAGUGCUUUAAUUGAAAAGCGUGCGUUUACAUUACCAUUACAUGACUAUGUAUCAAAUCUUAUGAGAAUAGGAAGAAACGAAUUAAAAGUUAAGAUUGAUGAUCAUUGAUUAUAGAUAUAAAUUUGACAGGAGCAUUUCAUGUAAAUGAUACCUGUAUAUUUUUUAUUAUAAAAAAAAUACUAAUUUAAAUUUUAAUUUAACAAAUAU